GGCUUUGUUUCAUUGCGACAACAAGCUCUUCAUUCACUUCCUCCAGCUCAGCGUGUUUGGUUGUCUUCGGUGACGCUGUUGCUAGGCACCGUAGAUGGCUGAAAACAUUCGGCUCUCCAUAGCGUUGUGCAGGAUUGCCUUUUACACGUGUUUCCGAAAGCUGUGCUGUAAAGGUCCCCCAUCUCCUAGACCAGAGUAUGAUGUGGUGUGUAUUGGACUCAGUGGUGCUGGCAAAACCAGUCUCAUUUCACGGCUCAGCAGCGAAGGUCUCGAUGAAAUUGUACCCACUGCAGGUUUCAGCAUCAAGGCAGUGGCUUUCCCGAACGCAGUACUGAAUGUGAAGGAACUUGGAGGAGCAGACAAUAUCAAGAAAUACUGGAGCCGCUACUACCAGGGCUCUCAAGGAGUAGUAUUUGUUCUUGACAGUACUGUUUCCGAUGAGGAGAUGGAAGCUUGCCGAUCUGAGCUCCAUUUGGCCCUGCAGCACCCUCAGCUUUGCACACUCCCCUUCCUCAUCCUUGCCAACCACCAAGAUUCACCAGCUGCCCGUUCUGUCCCAGAGAUAAAGACGUAUUUUGAAUUGGAGCCACUGGCAAGAGGGAAGAGAUGGAUCCUUGAGGGAAGCUCAAUAAACAACAUGGAGGCUGUGAGGGUGAGCUUCAGUCAGUUCAUCAGCUUUUUGGAAGAAAAGGAGCUGCAAAGCAUCAGGAUAUGAUUGAGGACAAAAGUUCAAAGAAGAAAAACAAAAACCAAAAAAACCCCGAAACAUUUGUCCAGAUAGACAAAACAAUGAAUUUGUGUAUCUGUGGGAGUGUUGUUUAUCUGAAGGAAAUGCAGGGGUGUUUAUUUUUUUACCUCACCUUCAAAAGAUGUUGUUCUUAAUCUCUGAACAGAAAAGACAGGACACGGACCCUUAAACACCAGCCACACGAGUCAUCACAAACUUGUGGCCGUGGAUCAGAUGUUUUUUGUAAUAGAAAAAAUGGAGUAUUAAAGAGAUUUUUUGUCAAUAGCCAAGAAAUAUUUUUAUCUGAUUAGUAGGUAAAUAAGCAUGUGUAGCGUAAACUAUCUUUUAUUGUAAAGCUUCAAGGUACAACUUGCAAUUUACUACUGUUACCACUCUGUAACAUUUUUUGUUGUUUAAAAGUACAUUUUUUUUUAAUUGUAUGUCCAAGUGCAUUAAUGUUGGUUUUGUGUUCUUCAUUAGUAUUCAUAUGUAUGUAUAUAAUUAUAAUAUCCUCUUUUAUAUAACUAUAAUCUUCUCUUCUCUUAAGAUGCUUAUAUACAGGCACAUUUGGUGAUACUGUUAAUUUUACUGUUUCCAAAGAUGAUAUACCCCUUUACUAGGGAAUGCUUGGGCUGUUUCAGGUUUGGUCUGGAAUACAAACUCUAUCAAUCAGUGGCUACAACAGCUGCAUUUGACAAGUCCCUGUCCACUAGUCUAAUGCCUUCCAACUGUCUAUGUGGACCCCUCCCUGUCUGCCACCUCGUUUUCUGGCCCUCCACUUUUUGAGCACCCUUACCCGAUGCUUCCCAACAGUAUUAUCCAAAUUACUCUCUGUAAAUUUAGAUUACUGUCUCUCUCAAAUGUGUGAUAUUUUAUGUCUCACAGGUGUCUCAUAAGACCUUUUUAAUGUUGUGCAUCAGAGCUGUUCAAACCUGUGGGUCUUCAUAUGAGCACAGACAUGUUGCACACUGCACUUUUAACAGUUUCUUAUUUUACCCUGAAUAAACAAUUGAUUAAAUAUGUUUUACUGAUAAACAAUCACACCACAUCACU